AUGAAAACAAUUGACGCCGCUUAUAAGCAACGAGAGAUCAUUUAGGUAAAGCCAACUUCGCUGAAGUAUUCCAAAUUUUUAUCAUGAAAUAGUUAUGAAUAAAGAAAAUACUGGAUGUUUUGCAUGGAUUGUAAACUUUAAGCAAUCCUGCAAUGAACGGUGGGCCAGAUUCAGAAAUCGUCUCCGCCGACGAUUUUAUGCUCGUAGAGGUCAGACGAUAGACCCUUCUACAAUUGUAAACGAGACUGGUACCAGGGACAUGGUUAUUACCAAAACGUACAAGACCAACAUAAUACUUCCAGAAGGUUUAGCUGCCCCAGGGACAGCUGCAAAAGAAUGUCCAGGAGCUGUAUGUGAACCAGUUACAGGAAUCAAUGAAGGCUUUGAAAAACAUGUUGGAGAAUACGUGAGCGGUAUCAUAACCCAUGCUGCACACACUUUGUGCAUGGAGAGACAGGCGUUGCUAGGCAACACAAAUAUCAUCAUGGACAAUUCUGCAGUCAAUGUUUCUCUGUCACCAAGUAUCAUCAGCCGUAAGUUUAACUUGUAA